AUGCAGGCCAAGUUCAAGUUGGUUUUCCCACGUGUUAUCAUCCUCCGCGUACACCUUCAAAAUUUCUUAUCGACCGCAAGGGAAUGGCAUCGUUUUCAUUACCACCCUAUUCACGACAACCCAGAUGGCGGAUGGGGUCCUUCAUCGUCCAAUAUCCCAGAACAGUUCAAGUUCAAGGACAUUCCCUAUGCGCCAUUCUCAAAAUCAGACAAACUCGGCCGAUUCGCGGACUGGAACGAUCCAAUGAGUGACAAUCGUCAAGCGACCACUGGUGCCUCCGCUACUCGCGAUUCGCGGGGUGUUUCCAGUCGUUCUAGGCGAGAAGGUGCUCAAGCCUUCGGUAGCGGCACGGCCAGUGCCUUUGCGUACUUCCACGUUGAUGACGAAUCCAGUUUUUCGCUGGUCGACAACAAAGCCGCACCGCCCCGUCGGGGGAACGCUUUCACAAGGGGACGAGCCACUGGGCGAGGUUCUGCUUCGUUUGCUAACAGGGGCGCUCAGAGGCCCCGUGGUGGCUUCACCCCCGGUAGGGGUGGUUUUCAGCGCGGAGGUCGCAGAGGGUGGAGGGACUGGGACAAAGGAAAUCGUGCCCGCGAGUCAUCCGUUACUAUUUCACCGCAUUGGAGUAUGUUGGAAGAGAUCGAAUUCCAUCGCCUCACUAAACUCAAGCUCGAUGUUGAUGAGGUAGAGGACAUUGGUACCUACGGUCGGAUUUUUGCGUAUGACAAGGUUUACGAUCGGAUCACCACCAAAACCGAGAAGCCUCUGCAACCCUCUGAUCGCAUUAAAUACAAUACAACCACGUCGGACGAUCCCGUUAUUCAGCAGCUUGCUGCCAAGGACACUGCGACAGUCUACACGACCGACGUCAUCCUUUCCGUUCUCAUGUGCGCUCCAAGGUCUGUGUACCCUUGGGACAUUGUCAUCGUGCGCGAGGGCAAUCACCUUUUCCUCGAUAAACGCGACGGUGGUCCAUUCGACACCGUCACGGUCAACGAAAACGCAUCGGAUCCCCCACAAGAUCCUGCUCCACCGAACCCUAACAACCCAUCUGAAAAAUCCACUCAGGAAACGCCGUCGAUCAAUUCAGCUACUUCUCUCUCUCUCGAAGCCACGUAUAUAAACCAGAAUUUUGGCUUCCAAGCAGUGAUCGAGAGCACUGCCGUAAACUUUGCUCAUCCAAACCCCUUUUACGGUCCAGGAGAGACAGAACCUUUGGCCUCUUGCGGCUACCGUUAUCGUGUCUUUGAUCUCAGCGCAACAGAAGAUGAAGAUAUCAAGCUUUGUGUCCGCACUGAGGUCGAUGCCUUCCUGCCUGGCCAUGGCAAUCCACAGGAUGGCCAUGGUCUUGCAACGAUUCGCGCCUUGAACGAGUUCGAUCCCAGGGCUCCGGGGGCCGGUGGUGCCCAAGACUGGCGGUCGAAACUGGACUCUCAGCGAGGUGCUGUUGUGGCGACUGAGAUGAAGAACAACAGCUGUAAACUAGCGAAGUGGACUGUACAGAGCAUUCUGGCUGGUGCUGACCUCAUGAAAAUAGGGUAUAAGUUGCUCUGCACAUUUGAUUCCCAAUAUUCGACUAAUCACGAUCGCCGUAGGUACAUUUCACGAGUGAAUCCUAAAGACAACAGCCGCCAUGUAAUUCUCAGUACUGCCUCUAUGCGACCAGCCGACUUUGCAGCUCAGCUUAAUGUCACCCUUGCCAAUGGUUGGGGCAUCGUCAGGACGAUCGCUGACCUCUGUAUGAAGAUGCCGGAGGGCAAGUAUGUGCUAAUUAAGGAUCCUAACAAACCCGUUAUCCGUUUAUACUCCGUGCCAAUGACAGCAUUCACAACCGAGGAAGAAGAGGGUGAAACAUUCGAGGCGGAAGAACACGAGUCAACCGCUUAACGGUCCGCGGAAAAUAUGGGUGUACAAUUUUAUUUCAGCUAUAUACAGCUUUGUGUGCACGAAAAACUGAUUUUGACGAACGCGGCG